AUGAUUCUGAAUGAGGUAUUAUUUUUGUGGAUUUUUGUAAGGCCAUAUGCCUUAGUUAUCGAUGACAAGCUAAUCACAACUCAGGCUUUUAUAUUUUUUCUGGCUGGCUUUGAAACCUCAUCAACGACUAUGAGCUUUGCUAUGUAUGAAUUGGCUGCUAAUCCUAAGAUUCAAGAAAAGUUGUACGACGAAAUACAAAUCACCUACAAGAAGCACGGUUGUUUCUCUUACGAUACUACAUCCGAAAUGAAUUAUCUCAAUUACAUCGUUCGCGGUAAGUUUUCAUUCGAAUCAUACAGAAUUCCCGAUUCGGAUGUUGUUUUAGGAAAAGGCACAAAAGUUAUCGUGCCCAUUUAUGCAAUCCAUUACGACCCGCUUUAUUAUAAAAAUCCAAAUGUAUUUGAUCCGGAUCGAUUCAUUGGUGAAAGUAAAAAGCUUCAUGAUAAUGACACAUAUCUACCUUUCGGCAAUAGACCACGCAUCUGUAUUGUAAGUCUUGUUACUCUUAUUGCAAAUUAUAAAAUGGAGCUAAGUGAAAAGACUGAUAUUCCAUUACAAUUCGAACCGACUAGUAUUACGUUGACAAGUAAAUCUGGAAUAUGGUUAAAGAUCUAUCGCCGUUUACAAGAAUAG